AUGGCCUCCGCUCUCCCGGAUAAAGUCAAGAAUGUCAUCACGGACAUGAGAGAGCGUAUCCAGAAUAAAAUGGCGGUCCGGAUCAAACAAGACACAAAGGGAUGGGAGUAUGGGGGCCCGGCGCUCAAAGAAUUGGCGCUUGAACUCAAGGACCAAUUGAACAACGAAGGAUAUGAUGUCCGCGGGUGUACGGUAUGGCAUUUCCUUCGGGGCGCAAACAUCAAAAAUCCCACCAAAGGCUUGAUCCUACUGUUGAUCAGUGGCGAAGCGACUCUUUCCCCCGGCGGAGCUCUGACAUUGGAACGCCUCUCCUACAUCAAGGACGAACCUUCUCUAUUAACAGGUGCAAACGGUGCCGAUGUGGUCUUUGUGGUGAUAGAGCCAGACGGGGAAGCAAAGACAUCAGAUGCAUAA